GCUCUCAACAGUAAAAAGAAACUACAUGAGCAUGCUGCUUUCUAUGUGGCCUUCUCAGUCACUGCUGCUGGGCUCCAAGGCUGCCCUGGGAAAGUCAGACCUGGACAGCAGCAUGCCCUCCAUGGAGACCCUGAAGGGCCCCAGCCUCAGUCAGCACUUCAGAAUGACAGUGAUCUGCAUAGUGCUCCUGCAGGUGCUCCUGCAGGCAGUGUCUGUGGCUGUGACUUACAUGUACUUCUCCAAGGAGCUGAAGCAGCUGCAGGACAAUUACUCCAAAGUCGGACUAGCUUGCUUCUCAAAGGAAGACGAGGAUUUUUGGGACUCUGCUGAUGAAGAGAUCUUGAACAGACCCUGCUUGCAGGCUAAGAGGCAACUGUAUCAGCUCAUUGAGGAGGUGACUUUGAGAACCCUUGAGGAAACCAUCUCUACAGUUCCAGAAAAACAGCUAAGUACUCCUCCCUUGCCCAGAGGUGGAAGACCUCAGAGAGUGGCAGCUCACAUUACAGGGAUCACUCGGAGAGGCAACUCAGCCUUAAUUCCAAUCUCCAAAGAUGGAAAGACCUUGGGCCAGAAGAUAGAAUCCUGGGAGUCCUCUCGGAAAGGGCAUUCAUUUCUCAACCACGUGCUCUUGAGAAACGGAGAGCUGGUCAUCCAGCAGCAGGGCCUGUAUUACAUCUAUUCCCAAACGUACUUCCGAUUUCAGGAGGCGGAAGAAGCUUCCAAGACAGUCUCAAAGGACAGAGGGAGAAUCAAACAGAUGGUGCAGUAUAUAUACAAAUAUACCAGCUAUCCCGACCCCAUAAUGCUGAUGAAGAGCGCCAGAAACAGUUGUUGGUCCAAAGAUGCUGAGUACGGACUGUACUCCAUCUAUCAGGGGGGACUGUUCGAGCUCAAAGAAAACGACAGGAUUUUUGUUUCUGUGACGAAUGAGCAUUUGAUGGACCUGGAUCAAGAAGCCAGUUUUUUUGGAGCCUUUUUAAUUAACUAAAUAACCUGCAAAGAUCAAACACAGCCCUAAAAUACCCAGUGAUCUUCUAGGUUGAAGGCAUGCCCAGAAGCGACUGAACUGGUUAGGGUAUGGCCUGGCUGCUGAAACCUCAGGAUACAUGUGAUAAGAGAGGCAACUGGAACACAGCAGCUGCAGGCCAAAAGCCCAGCCACAGACACUUUAGUGUUUCGACGAGGCACUUGCUUUAUUCCCCCCAAAUGAGAUCACUAUAGCCUUUCAAUGAUCCACCUGGUACCAGUUUGCAGAGAUCUAGGUGUCCAGUUUCUAAAUAUUUAUGCAACAGCUCACAAUUUUCACCUUUGUUAUCUGGUCCAGGGGUGUGAAACCCAGUGCUCCAGAGCUGUGUGCAGACUGUGAAUGCAGGUCAGCAUAAAACUCACAGAAUAUCUCACCUA